AUGUGCUCCUCCCUGGCUCCAGCUUCAGCUCCAUGCAGGCUCUGCGGCCAGAAGCGCAGCAGGGAACAAGGGAGCACCCAGCCUAUGAGGGAGCACCCAGCAGGACAGGGGGACAGAGCCCAGAGCCAGGGGCCACCAUGGAGGGGCUGGGCCCUGCCAGAGCCUCACGGCGCAUGAUGGCACUGAGGAGAGCGGAUGUGUGCCACAUGCGGGGAGCAGCAGGACCGUGUGCUGCAGCCCAGGCCACGCUCUGCAAGGCCAUGGCCGGGCACCGGCAGCUGGUGCUGCAGUUGGGGGGCAGCGCCGACGGCCCCCGGCUGCGGGAGGAGCGGCGCAGGAGGAGCGCGGAGGCCCGAGAGCUCAGCUGCGGGCUGCGGUGUGCUCUGCUGGCAGGGCUGCGGCAGGCACCGGUGGGCACCGGGGAGCGCCGGGAGCUGGAGCGGAUGUGGGUGCUGUUCCUGUCGGCGCUGGAGCUGCUCCUGCAGGACCUGCGCAGAGCCCAUCACCUCUGCCAGCUCUUCCCCCUGCAGGGGCACGGAGCAGCCCUCCUGCGCACCGGGAUGGGGAACCGGAGAGGGGGGGGCCCCGCGCAGCCCCUGCCUGCCCCGUGCCUGGAGGAGGAGAUGGAGCAGGUGAGGGCCAUGCUGGCAGAGAUGGAGAGCGGAGCCAACAUCCCGCUGUGGACGGUGGAGGCCACGCAGGCGGCAGGGACGGGCAGCACCACGGCAGGGUCAGGGCAGGGGGGGCCUCACGCUGGACCCUUCUGCAGGGUGCUCUGAGCAGGCACGGGGGGGAGGCAGGAGCAGCAACCCCCUUGCACCCUCCGGUGUCACAGAGGAUGGGACCUUGUGUACCCUCAGCCAGGGCAAGCGAUGCCCCCACCUGCUGAGGGAAAGGGACCAGCUUCAGGCCCUUCAAGGCUCAAUAAAGCCUCUCUCACCCCACAAGGACCAGUGUUCCUCCAUUCCUGCCCACAGCUGCAGAGGGAUUGGCAGGACUCAGGGGUGCCAGGCGGCAACAGAACCCCCAGGACAUUUAUA